UUUUUCCAAUAAAUAGAAAUAAGCAAAUAACCAUUACUCAUUUUGCUAUUUAUAGUGAAAUAAGAGGCGCUCUCCACAAUUUUUUUUUCCAGAAGUGCUAUAUAAACCUGGCAGAAAGGCGACAAGCGUAUCAUGCAUAAAUGAGUAAGCUAGCAUCAAGGGUUGUAGCUUACUAUGUUGAAGUGAUAGUAAUAUUGAUGAGUUUGGUAUCAUUGGCAUUGUCCAAUUAUCCUCAUCAUGCCACAACAAAAACAUUGGAAUCGGAAUCUACAAUUGUUGAAUUUCUGCCUGGAUUUCCCGGAAAACUCCCUUUCACUCUCGAAACUGGAUAUAUUGAAGUUUGGGGAGAAGUGCAAUUAUUUUACUACUUCAUACAAUCUGAGAAAAACCCAGAAACAGAUCCAAUUUUGGUUUGGUUUGCUGGAGGUCCUGGUUGUUCUUCCUUUACUGAUCUUGUUUUUGGGCAUAUUGGGCCUUUAUCCUUCAAUUUUACGGGAAUUGAUUUCAACUAUACAACAUCAACUUGGGAGGUUGAUAUACCAAGACUUGAAUUAAAUCCUUAUUCUUGGACCAAGGUUGCAAACGUAAUAUUUCUAGAUUCACCUUCCGGCGCUGGAUUCUCUUAUGCAACUAACAAAUCUUAUUACCCAAGUGAUACAAAGACAUCAAAACAAGCACACGAGUUUUUGAAGAAGUGGCUUAUUGAGCAUCCUAAAUUUGCAAGAAACCCUCUUUACAUAGCUGGUGCUUCAUAUGGGGGAAAAGUUGUCCCAUCUCUUACAUGGGAGAUUGUAAAAGGAAAUGAAGCGGGUAUUGGACCAAAAUUUAAUCUUCAGGGAUAUAUUCUCGUAAAUCCACUCACUGCUUGGUACCUUGAUGAUCAAAAGAAAGUUGAAUAUGCUCAUCGCGUGUCUCUUAUAUCCGAUGAGCUCUAUAAGUCUGCCAAAUUAAGCUGCAAUGGAGAUUAUCGGACAAAUUAUGCUAAUAAGAGUAAUGCACGGUGCAACAAGUUUCUUGAAGAUGUAUCAAAUUGUAUCGAUGUACUAGAAGACCAGCAUAUACUGGAUCCUAAAUGCACCUAUUCAUCGCCAAAUCGUUGGUGCCGGGAAAAUGAUCAUAAGAUUGCUAACCAGUGGGCAAAUAACAUUAAUGUCCAAGCAGCUCUUCAUGUUCUAGAGGGAACGAUUAGCCAAUGGAUUCGUUGUCGUGGUCGUGCAAUAUUUGAUGUGUUUAAGUACGAUAAAGAUAUCGACAGUAGCAUCAUAUAUCAUCAGAAUCUUACCACCCAACCUCUCAGGGCACUAAUCGUCAGUGGUGACCAAGAUAUGAGUGUUCCAUAUGUGUCCACAUUGAAAUGGAUCAAGGAGCUUAAUAUUGUACCAAAUGAUGAUUAUUGGAGGCCUUGGUUUCUUAAAAAUGGCCAAGUUUCAGGAUAUGUAAGCGAGUAUUCAAAUGGCAACUUCAAUUUGACAUUCACUACAAUUAAGGGAGCAGGGCAUGUUGCACCCGAGUAUAAGCCGCGAGAAUGUUUUACGAUGUUUGAAAGAUGGAUCGCAUUUAGUCCUCUAUCAUAAUUUCACGAAUAUGGUCAACAUUAUCAUUUGUAGAAUUUGUACCUUGCACUUCAUGAAGUAUAUUGGCUUAUGUUAGACAAACUUUAUUUAAAACUUAAAGCAUGUCCGUUCAAAAUUCACUAAUACGGAGUAUCAAUUAUUCUAAUA